AAUGGAUUACAAGACCAAAUCUAGCCUCAAGAUAAUUCUUAACUACAUGACCCUGGACAAGUCAUUUAACACUAUUUGCCUUGGUUUCCUCAUCUCUAAAAUGAUCUGGAGAAGGAAAUGGCAAACCACUUAACCUCUGAUUGGCACGAAGCAAAACUCUGACAAUAUCCUAGUUAUGGCUCUGCAUGAGGCUAUUGGGAGUAUCAAAGGAAAUUUUCUAUGUAAAGAGCUUUGUAAGUACAGCAUUAAGAGUCUGCCUCCUGGAAUUCCCGAUGGUAACCUGAACUUCCUCCCUCCUGGCAUUGCUGAGUCCUGGCUGAAGGAAGCUCUGUCUAAUGGAGGGAACACAGCACUGGCAGACUCCAGGACUUCGAUAAUGUCAUACAUUUAGUCUAGAUGUGAAACGUCUCUUCAAGAGCAGGCGGUUGUGGAUUCCCAGAAGCUGGAAAACAGACCUAAAUAUUUGGCUGGAGGAAAACCAAACACAUUUUUUCUCAAUGAAGUUUCCCCCGUGGGAGAAACUGAAGAGAGGAAGAAGAAAAGGCCCCUCGUGGUGCUGACUUUGAGGGUGGCUGGUUCUAGGCUUCCAGACAGCAUCGGUCUCUUUAGAAAGGGGAGCUGAAGCGAAUCCUGGGUGUUGGGGUCUGUUCAACUACCACUACCGCCGCCGCCGCCGCCGCCGCGUAGGGAUCUGUGGGUUUUCACGGUCUGGUCCCUUUUUUUUCUUCCCAGCAAGGAAAGCCAGCUGCUGCUUGGGCUUCUGUGGGAUGGGAUGGUGUCUAAGGAAGCGCGGCUUUGUUUAGCUUUGCUUUAUUUCCCAGCUUACAGUCAUUUCUCGCCAUUCCCCCCAUCCUGAUGGGAGGGAAUCAAGAGGCCUUGGCAUGUCUCCAGGCAUGGAUGCAUGUCUAACGUGGGAAGAUGUCUCCCGAUUGACAUCAGCCUGACUGGAGUCUCGGACCUGGGGCCAGGGGUUUCGCCAAAUGCGUUCUCUUCCGCAGCCGCAGGAGAGUGGGGGAGGCGUGGAGGGAAUCCUUUGUUUCAGUGCCACCGCGUCGCCACCAGAGUCGGGGGGUGCCAGGAGCCUGGGGAAUCCCCCGGCACCUCGGGUCCCUAGCGCCUAAGGGGGGACCCAGUGUCGGAGAUUGGCUGGGAGAGUGUCGGGGUCUAGGGGGGUGCGCAGUGCCAGCUGGACACCUCGGCGGGACACUCCAGUAGGCGGGGGUGAGGGGGUACAGGGUAGGAGGGGGCCGGCCUCCUACCGGAGCUCCGCCCCCUUCUUGGGCUUGUCUUUAAAAACCUCCUCGGCCGGCUUGGCUAGCCAGCUACGCGGCUUCCCUUUGCAGUUACCCCUGGGCUCGUCCUUCGCUCCCGCUCCGAUCCAAGCAACCCCGGCCAAAGCUUCUGCCUGCGCCCGGUCCAAAAUGCCCAACUGGGGAGGCGGUAACAAAUGUGGAGCCUGUGGAAGGACUGUGUACCAUGCUGAAGAGGUACAGUGUGAUGGAAGAAGCUUCCAUAGAUGCUGUUUUCUGUGCAUGGUUUGCAGGAAAAAUUUAGACAGCACAACUGUGGCCAUUCACGAUGAUGAGGUUUACUGCAAAUCCUGCUAUGGGAAGAAGUAUGGACCCAAAGGGUACGGCUAUGGCCAAGGAGCAGGCACACUUAACAUGGACAGAGGAGAGAGGCUGGGUAUCAAGCCUGAGAAUGUGCAGCCUCACAGGCCCACCACAAAUCCAAACACUUCCAAAUUUGCUCAGAAAUUUGGAGGAGCCGAGAAGUGUUCCAGAUGCGGAGAUUCCGUGUAUGCGGCAGAGAAAGUAAUAGGAGCAGGGAAGCCUUGGCACAAAAAUUGUUUCCGAUGUGCCAAAUGUGGAAAGAGCCUCGAGUCAACGACUCUGACAGAGAAAGAAGGGGAAAUCUAUUGCAAAGGUUGCUACGCAAAGAACUUUGGACCAAAGGGUUUUGGUUACGGCCAGGGAGCAGGGGCACUCGUCCACGCGCAGUAAAGGAUAGGAUGUCGAAGGCAGCGAGAACCACAACGCCAAGCACUGAGACUUCGUAUCAAGGCACAGAGAAUCUCUUAAUACUAAACUACUGUGAAAACUUCCAACUCUACCAACAAUACCAGCAUUUGUGUACUGUUUGUUACUAUGUAUUAUGGAGACACUAAUUUGUAGGAGGAAAGCAUUACAUUGACUCUUUAUGCUUUAGAACAUAUUUACUCUGAUUUUAACUAUAUAGCAAUUGACUAGCUUUUUUUUUUUAACACCUUUUGCUCUUUAAAUAAACUUUUGCAUUGCUUCUGA